AUGAGUGCUCCAGCACCAACUCCUGCUUACAAAAUCGGUAUCGUGAAGCAGGUAUUAUCCGGAGACACUGUAAUCAUUCGAAAGCAGCCUCAAGGUGGUCCACCUCCAGAGAAAGUAAUCGCUCUUUCUGGUAUCACGGCGCCGAAACUCGCUCGUCAAAGAACUCCCAAUAAUGAUGGUGAAACAAAAGAUGAGCCUUUUGCUUGGGAAGCUCGGGAAUUCCUCAGGAAGAAGUUGGUAGGCAAAGAAGUGAUCUUCACAGCAGAAAAGCCACCUAAUUCUGCAACUAGAGAAUAUGGAUCUGUGUGGGCGGGAAAGGAUCCAACUAAAGAUGAAAACAUGACUGAAGCUUUGCUAUCUGAGGGUCUUGUUAAAGUGAGAGAAGGAGGUCGCAAUAUACCUCAACUAAAACGACUUGUUGAAAUUGAAGAGGUUGCAAGAUCUCAAGGAAAGGGUAUCUGGGGCUCUGACUUACAGAGUCAUGUUCGUGACAUCAAAUGGACUGUUGAAAACACAAAACAGUAUGUCAACAAAUGUAAUGGUCAACCAAUAAAAGCAAUCAUUGAAUAUGUUAGAGAUGGAUCUACAGUCAGACUUUGCUUGCUACCUGACUAUACUCCCAUUACAUUGAUGCUAUCAGGAAUCCGAUGCCCUGCAGUGAAACAAGAUGGUGAAUCAGAACCUUAUGCAGAAGAGGCUCGCUUUUUCCUUGAAUCAAAGUUACUUCAAAAAGAUGUGGAAGUAAUUUUGGAGUCUGUUAAUAACAACAAUUUUGUGGGAACAAUCUUGCACCCACAAGGCAAUAUUGCGGAGGCAUUACUUAGACAGGGCUUUGCAAGAUGUGUUGAUUGGUCUAUUGCAGUAAUGAAAUCAGGUGCUGCAACACUAAGGACAGCAGAACGCGCAGCUAAGGACGCUAGGCUACGAAUCUGGACUAAUUAUACUAGCAAUGCACCUGUUAUUGCUGCUAAAGACAAGGAGUUCACUGCUACAGUUAUGGAAGUUGUCAACGGGGAUGCCCUUGUUGUGAAACUCCCCACAAAUGUCCAGAAGAAAAUCUUCUUAGCCAGCAUUAGGCCUCCCCGUGAAAAGAACAGCCCUGAUGAUGAAGGCAAACAAUCACCUAGGCCCAAGGGCUUCAAACCCCUAUAUGACAUUCCUUGGAUGUAUGAAGCGCGCGAGUUCCUAAGGAAAAAACUAAUUGGGAAAAAAGUGAAUGUCAUAGUUGAUUACAUUCAACCUGCUAAAGAUAAUUUCCCAGAAAAGACCUGUUGCACAGUUAUGGCGGGCAAUACAAAUAUUGCUGAAGCACUAGUAAAUCUAGGCUAUGCAACUGUAGUCAGAUAUAGGAAUGAUAAUGAUCAGAGAAGUUCUCAUUAUGAUAAAUUGCUUGAAGCCGAGUUGAAAGCUCAGAAAGCGGCUGUCGGCAUUCAUGCUAAGAAAGAUAUCCCUACUCAUCGUAUCCAGGACACCAGUGGAGAUUCUGCUAAGGCGAAAAAGUUCUUCCCAUUCUUAAAGAGAGCUCAAAAAACAGAGGCUGUUGUGGAGUUUGUCGCUAGCGGAUCGCGUAUGAGACUUUACAUUGCUAAAGAGUCUGUUCUGGUAACGUUCUUACUCGCUGGUGUUAACUGCCCCAGGGGGGCGCGUCCUGCUAUCGGCGGCGGUGGCAUGCAAGAAGCUGAACCUUACGGAGAGGAUGCCCUGCAGUUUACGAAAGAAAAGUGUCUCCAACGUGACGUCAUCGUCACCAUCGAGGAGAUGGAUAAAGCUGGCAACUUUAUUGGCUGGCUCUGGGUUGAAAAUGACAACUUAUCCAUAUCCCUCGUCGAACACGGAUUGGCGUCCAUGCACCAUACUGCUGAGACGUCAGAGUUCGCCCGCGCUAUCAAGACAGCUGAAGAAAACGCAAUUAAGAAUCGCAUUGGGAUUUGGAAAAAUUAUGUCGAAGUUGACAAAGAAAUAGAGAAGGAGCGCAAUGCGCCUAUGCAAGAUCGUAUUGUUAAAUAUGAAAAAGUCAUUGUUACUGAAGUUACCCCCGAGGGUACCUUCUAUGCUCAAAACAUUGAAUUGGGUAAUAAAUUAGAAGCGCUAAUGGAUAAAAUUCAUCAAGAGUUCAAAAACAAUGCUCCCCUGCCUGGUGCCUAUGUACCAAGGAAAGGCAACAUCUGCGCAGCUCGCUUCUCUUUGGAUGACCAGUGGUACAGGGCUAAAGUUGAGAAGAUUACUGAAGAUAAACAAAUCCAAAUCUUCUACAUUGACUAUGGAAAUAGAGAGGUUGUGAAUCAGUCUCGACUAGCUCAGCUGCCAGCGGGCACGGAGACAGAACCGCCGUACGUGAUGGAAUACGCGCUGGUUUGCGUCAAGUUCUCGAGCGACCCCGACGACCGACUCGAGGCCGUGCGCGCCUUCUCCAUGGACACGCUCAAUAAGAAACUGCUGCUCAACGUAGAGAUACGCGGCUCCCCGCCCGCCGUCACCCUCUUGGACCCCUCCACUAACACAGAUAUUGGCAAGAACCUGAUCAAAGAGGGGCUGGUGUUGAUGGAGAAUACGCGCGAGCAUCGACUGAGCGCGCUGGCGGGUGAGUACCGCGCGGCGCAAGAGCACGCCAAAAGCUCGCGCCUCAACCUCUGGCGGCACGGUGACAUCACCGACGACGACGCCGUGGAGUUCGGCGCGCGCCGC